AAAACAACAGAUACUUGAGUUGUUUUUGAUGACUAAGUUUAUUCUGAAAGUGGCAUUUUGCUUGUAGUUUCAGGGUUUAAAGGCUCAAGUGUAAUCUUGUUUAUUUGAAUACUGCAGUAAAAUGAGGGAGUGCAUCUCCGUUCACAUUGGGCAAGCUGGUGUCCAGAUUGGUAACUCCUGUUGGGAGUUGUACUGCUUGGAACACGGCAUUGAGCCGGAUGGUACCAUCACUAAUGUUGGCAGCACGUUGGCCGAUUCUUCUUUUGGCACUUUCUUUAGUGAAACUGGUGCUGGGAAGUAUGUUCCUCGAGCUGUGUUCAUUGAUCUUGAGCCCACAGUUGUUGAUGAGAUUCGUAAUGGAUCGUAUCGACAACUGUACCACCCUGAGCAGCUUAUCACUGGCAAGGAGGAUGCCGCUAACAAUUACGCUCGUGGACAUUAUACCAUCGGCAAAGAGAUCAUCGACCCUGUGAUGGACCGCAUGCGAAAAAUGGCGGACCAGUGCACAGGUCUGCAGGGCUUUUUGAUCUUCCACAGUUUUGGUGGAGGAACGGGCUCUGGCUUUACAUCUUUGCUAAUGGAGCGGCUCUCUGUUGAUUAUGGUAAAAAGUCCAAGUUGGAGUUUGCUGUAUAUCCUGCCCCGCAGGUCAGCACUGCUGUGGUGGAGCCCUACAACUCCAUACUUACAACGCACACGACUCUCGAGCACUCCGACUGCUGCUUCAUGGUCGACAAUGAAGCCAUCUUUGACAUCUGCAAGAGAAACCUUGAUAUCGACCGUCCCUCCUACACCAGUUUGAAUCGGCUCAUAGCGCAGAUUGUUUCCUCCAUUACAGCAUCCUUGCGAUUUGACGGGGCUCUGAAUGUGGACCUCACGGAGUUCCAGACCAACCUUGUCCCGUAUCCUCGUAUCCAUUUCCCACUGGUCACCUACGCUCCCAUCAUCUCUGCUGAAAAGGCAUACCACGAGCAGCUCUCCGUGCCAGAGAUCACCAAUGCAUGCUUUGAGCCGGCGAAUCAGAUGGUGAAGUGCGACCCGCGGCGGGGUAAAUACAUGGCCUGCUGUUUGCUGUAUCGUGGUGAUGUGGUGCCUAAAGAUGUUAACGGGGCCAUUGCCAACAUCAAGACGCGUCGCAGCAUUCAGUUUGUGGACUGGUGUCCUACAGGGUUUAAGGUAGGCAUCAAUUACCAGCCGCCCACUGUUGUCCCUGGAGGAGACCUGGCCAAGGUGCAGAGAGCCGUCUGUAUGUUGAGCAACACCACGGCCAUCGCUGAAGCGUGGAGCCGCCUGGACCAUAAGUUUGACCUGAUGUACGCGAAGAGGGCUUUUGUGCACUGGUAUGUGGGUGAAGGGAUGGAGGAAGGAGAGUUCUCAGAGGCGCGGGAGGACAUGGCUGCACUGGAGAAAGAUUAUGAGGAGGUGGGCGCUGAUUCUGCAGAAGAUGAUUGUGAGGAUGAGGAUGAAUAUUAAAGUUUGGAGCUUUUGGAAUGCACUUGUUCCUUAAUAAAUACAAUGGCAUGUAAAAACCUUG